CAUAUGAUCGACAUGCGUGCCAAUUGAAAAAUGAAAAAUAUAAAAUCUCUCUAGAAUUUUUCGCUGUAGUGUUGGUAGCAUUGUUGUGAGAAGUUAGCAUUUUCGGAAAGCUGACAAAAAGAAACAAAAAAAAGAAAAAUAGCUCAAAAGAGAAGAAGCGGUGCGCACAAUUAAGAGAUAUUUAAUCCUUUUGAAAUUGAUAAAAUUGAUUCGACUUCAAAAAAUAUCAAUAUGUCGAGGGAUCAAGCAGCUGAACAACUUAAUAAAUACAAGAAAUCCGUUCAGGGAGAAGCAUGCACUCUCGUCGCCGGAAAUGGAGCUCCAAUUGGAAAGAAAACCGCCAGCCUCACGGUUGGUCCACGAGGGCCUUUACUUUUACAAGAUUUUGUUUAUUUAGAUGAAAUGUCUCAUUUUGGCCGAGAAAGAAUUCCCGAACGUGUAGUCCAUGCAAAGGGAGCAGGCGCUUUCGGCUACUUUGAAGUGACUCACGACAUCUCGAAAUAUUCCAAGGCAAAAGUAUUUUCUCAAAUUGGAAAAAAGACACGUAUCGCUGUGAGAUUCUCCACUGUUGGAGGUGAAAGUGGUUCAGCUGAUACUGUCAGGGAUCCUCGAGGAUUUGCUGUCAAAUUUUACACAGAUGAAGGAAUUUGGGAUUUGGUUGGGAAUAAUACGCCGAUUUUCUUCAUUAAAGAUCCUCUAUUUUUCCCGAGUUUCAUUCACACUCAGAAGAGAAAUCCAGCAACUCAUUUAAAGGACAUGGAUAUGUUUUGGGAUUUCAUCUCCCUUCGUCCGGAGACAACACAUCAAGUAAUGUUCCUUUUUGCUGAUCGUGGAAUUCCCGAUGGUUAUCGACACAUGAAUGGUUAUGGUUCUCACACGUUUAAAUUAAUGAACGCUAAUAACGAAAUGGUCUACUGUAAAUUCCAUUACAAGACUAACCAAGGAAUCAAGAAUAUUCUCGCUGAAAAGGCUGGCGAAUUGAGUGCUUCUGAUCCAGAUUAUUCUAUUCGCGAUCUUUACAAUGCAAUUUCCGAAGGCAAAUUUCCAGCUUGGACACUUUACAUUCAAGUAAUGACCCAAAAGCAAGCCGACAUCUUCAAAUGGAAUCCUUUCGAUUUAACGAAGAUUUGGCCGCACAAAGAAUUUCCAUUGAUUCCAGUCGGUAAACUUGUUUUAAAUGAGAAUCCAGCGAAUUAUUUCCAAGACGUGGAGCAAAUGGCAUUUGAUCCAGCGCACUUUGUUCCUGGAAUUGGCGCCAGUCCUGACAAAAUGCUUCAGGGUCGUCUCUUUGCCUAUGGCGACACUCACAGACAUCGCCUUGGACCAAAUCACCUCCAAUUACCUGUUAACUGCCCAUACAAAGCAAUAUCGGCAAUGAACUAUCAACGAGACGGUUUUAUGCCUAUUCACAAUCAAGGAUGCGCGCCAAAUUACUUCCCGAAUAGCUUCAACGGUCCUCAGGAAUGUCCAGUGGCAAAAGAUCCUCCGUUUACUGUUUCCGGAGUUGUGGAUCGUCAUGAGCCGGAAAAUGAAGACGAUUUCGGACAAGCAACCACAUUCUGGAGAGACAUUCUUGAUUCUGACGCCAAGACACGAUUGGUGAAUAAUAUGGUUGGAAGUUUGAAGGGAGCAUCAAACUUUAUUAUCGAACGUGCCGUGAGAAAUUUCACUCAAGUCGAUACUGACCUGGGUAAACGAUUGACGGAGGGAUUGAAAAAAGCUGGAAAACAAAUUACUAUGUCUGGCAAAUCGGCUAAUCUUUAAAAUAAAAGAGAAAAAAAUACAAAUGUUAUUUUUUUGUAAUCAAUUAUAAUAUUUUGGCAAUUACAAGCCAUUGUUGUUUAAUUGUUUUUUUUACUAUUGUUAUAUUUACACUUUUAUUGCGCACUUAUUUUUGGAAUGUAUGCUGGUUUCGUUGUAAUCGAUAUAAAAUAUUCGAUAACAUUUGGCGAUAUAAAUAUAUUCUGUACUUUGUA